AAUCAGUUUGACGUUUCGUUCGACUGCGUCCGUUGAUUAGGUGUAUUUAUGAAGCGAUUUAAUUUAUUUUCAAUAAAUUGUUUGUGAAAAUUAGUGGCAAAACAGUGUAAACAUAACAGUGUUUAAAUUAUUAAAUGGCAAUGUUGCGAUAUCUAUUAGAUAAAUUUUGGGACAAAGAUAUUUGGCUGCCGCCGAACACUACUUGGGAAGAUUUGGCUCCAGGGCCUGAUAAACCCGUAGUUUUAAAUGAUCACAGACAUCUUCUUUACCCUAUACCUCUGGCAAUUGUACUUAUAAUUAUACGACAUAUGUUAGAAAAAUACUGGUUUGCACCAUUUGGAAAAUCAUUAGGUAUUAAAAACACAAGACCAAAGAAAGCACCAAGUAACCCGAAGCUAGAGGCUGCUUAUCAGGCAUCCACGAAAAUUAGACAUAAACAGUUCUGUUUAAGUGAGGAACAGGUGAUCAGUCUGGCGAAGCAGUUGGACAUGUCAGAGCGGCAGGUGGAGCGCUGGUGGCGGUUGCGGCGGUCACAGGACAAGCCCUCCACACUCGUCAAGUUUUGCGAGAACUCUUGGCGGUGUAUAUUCUACUUGUACAACUUCUCCUACGGUCUCUUCGUGCUGUGGGACAAAGAGUGGUUGUGGGACAUUGACCAGUGUUACGUUGGAUAUCCUUAUCAUGGUAUAACGAACGACAUCUGGUGGUAUUACAUGAUAUCAACAGCGUUCUACUGGUCGCUGACCAUCAGCCAGUUCUGGGACGUGAAGCGCAAGGACUUCUGGCAGAUGUUCGUGCAUCACAUCACAACUAUAGCUCUCCUGUCUUUCAGCUGGGUGUGCAACGCGCAUAGGAUCGGUACUCUCGUGUUGCUCGUACACGACUGUGCUGAUAUACUUUUAGAUGCUGCGAAGGCGACGAAGUACGCCAACUACCAGAAGUUGUGUGACAUGUUGUUCGCGGUGUUCACACUGCUGUGGAUAGUCACAAGGCUUUGGAUAUUCCCAUUCUAUAUUAUAUGGAGUACGUCAAUCCGCGCGCCGAUGCUGCAGCCGAUGUUCCCGGCGUACUACAUCUUCAACUCUCUGCUGUGCCUCAUACUGGGCCUCCACCUCGUGUGGACUUGGCUCAUCCUGCAGGUCGCAUACAAGGCCAUCACAGCGGGGAAGUUGGACGGCGACAUCCGCAGCUCGAGCUCCGAGCUGAGCGACAGCUCGCAUCAGUCCAAUCACAGCACGCCCAACCGCGCCCACGCCCACGCCCACGACAAUUCGAACGCCCACGCCCACGUCAACUCCAAAGUCCACGCCCACGUC